GCAGAUUGGCCCGGCUGGAGCUGAGCAAUGCUGGGGCUGCUAUAAAAGCCCUGCUGGGGCCAGACUCGGCCAAGCACUGCCCUGGCCACCUUCUCCUCCUCGGGGACAAGGAGCACCCUCGCAUCCCACGCCAAGAUGUCCUGCUACGACCUGUGCCCACCCAAAACCAGCGUGGCUGUGCCCCAGCCCAUCGCUGAGAGCUGCAACGAGCUGUGCGCCCGCCAGUGUCCCGACUCCUCAGCCUUGAUCCAGCCGCCCCCCGUGGUGGUCACCUUCCCCGGCCCCAUCCUCAGCUCCUUCCCGCAGCAAGCCGUGGUGGGCUCCUCCGGAGCACCGGCCUUUGGCGGCUCCCUGGGGCUGGGCGGCCUCUACGGCGCCGGCGCCACCCAGGCCUCGGGGGGCCUCUGCACCUUUGGCAGAGCCUACGCUGCUCCCGCCUGCAGCCCUUGCGUCCUGCCCCGCUACAGCAAGAAGCUCUGGGACACCUGCGGGCCCUGCUAGACCCACCACAGCCCCACACCCCAAACACCCACGGCGGCCUCGGCCCAGCAUGGAGAAGUUGAGCUCUGCACAAGCCGCCCUGGCCUCCUGCAGCCCCUGACACCUGGCCUGGUUGGGGCCUGCCUGCUGUCCCUCUCCCAGCCUCUCCUGCCCCUCUGUUCACAAUAAAGUUUUCCUGCAUCCAAA